CCUCCGGCGGCGGCGGUGGAGAGGCUUGAGCGAGGUUGGUGUAUGGGCUUACCUUGUGCUCCGCGUCUGUUGUGAGGAAGACUUGUGGCUUGAUCUUGGGCCGCCAUGGGGCGAGUGAAUGUGGCCAAGUUACGUUACAUGAGCCGGGAUGACUUCAGGGUUCUGACCGCGGUUGAAAUGGGCAUGAAGAACCAUGAAAUAGUUCCCUGCAGUUUGGUUGCUUCUAUAGCCAGCCUUAAACAUGGUGGCUGUAAUAAAGUUUUAAGAGAAUUAGUGAAACAUAAACUCAUAGCUUGGGAGCGUACCAAAAUCUUUCUCAUUUUAUUUUGUCUAGCUGUCCAGGGCUAUCGGUUGACAAAUGCAGGAUAUGAUUACCUAGCUUUGAAAACACUUUCUUCUAGACAGGUAGUUGAAUCUGUUGGAAACCAGAUAGGUGUUGGCAAAGAAUCUGAUAUUUACGUUGUUGCAAAUGAAGAAGGGCAGCAAUUUGCAUUAAAGCUUCAUAGGCUGGGAAGAACCUCCUUUCGAAAUCUGAAAAACAAGCGUGAUUAUCAUAAACACAGGCAUAACAUGUCUUGGCUUUAUUUAUCUCGUCUCUCUGCCAUGAAAGAAUUUGCUUAUAUGAAGGCAUUGUAUGAGAGGAAAUUUCCAGUCCCAAAACCGAUUGAUUAUAAUCGCCACGCAGUGGUAAUGGAACUCGUAAGUGGCUAUCCUCUAUGUCAGAUACACCAUGUUGAAGACCCUGCAUCUGUAUAUGAUGAAGCUAUGGACCUAAUUGUCAAACUUGCAAAUCAUGGACUGAUUCAUGGAGAUUUCAAUGAAUUCAAUCUCAUUUUGGAUAAAGAUGACCACAUCACCAUGAUUGAUUUUCCACAGAUGGUUUCAACUUCUCAUCACAAUGCUGAAUGGUAUUUUGACAGAGAUGUUAAAUGCAUUAGAGAUUUCUUCAUGAAACAUUUCAGCUAUGAAAGUGAGCUUUACCCAACUUUUAGUGAUAUCAGGAGGGAGGACUCUCUUGAUGUAGAGGUUUCUGCCAGCGGCUACACAAAGGAAAUGCAGACAGAUGAUGAAUUGCUUCAUCCAUUAGGUCCAGAUGAUGAAAAUACUGAAACAGAAGACGGAUCUGAAUUCUCACCUUCUGAUGAAGAGUUGUCAGAAAAAGCAAAGUUUCAUAAAUCAAAAAAUCAAAGUGAUCAGAAGUCUGCAGAUGAAUCCGCUGACUACUGUUGCAUAUCAUCUGGACACCUUGAACAAAUAAAGGGAGAGGAUUCGUCAGAGGAGAGUGCUGAUGCACAAAAUUUUGAAUUACCUGAAUUCAGUCAAGCUUUAGAAGAAAUAAAAGGUCAAGUUAUUGACAACAAUUCUGUAACUGAAUGUUCUGAGGAGACAGACAAAAUUGAAAAUGACACUAGGCAAAAUGGUAAACCAGGUCAAGGAGGAAUCCCCAUGAGCUCUGAAGACUAUGAAGAUGCAUGCCCUCAUCUGAUUGCCUUGUCGUCAGUAAACAAAGAAUUCAGGUCUUUCAGAGAUGAAGAAAGUAUGGAAGAUACUAAACAGUACAGAACAAGAACUCUGAGUGUUACUUCUGUGGGCAGUGUUUUAAGCUGUUCAACAAUUCCUCCGGAAUUGGUGAAACAGAAGGUGAAACGUCAGUUGACAAAACAGCAAAAAUCAGCUGCCAGACGUCGAUUACAGAAAGGAGAAGCAAAUAUAUUUACAAAACAACGGAGAGAAAACAUGCAAAAUAUUAAGUCAAGCUUGGAAGCAGCUAACUUUUGGGGAGAGUAAUAUAUUUAAGAUUUUGAAUGUUUUCCAAAACAUUAGUAUGAUCCCCUUUUAAGCCAUCUUUAGUCUUUUCUAGACCAAGGCAGAUACAUAAAUAGAUAAAUAAACUUUCUUUCAUAUAUUAA